AUAUAUACGUAUAAUAUAUAUACACACACUAGUACUAGUGCCAUAUUUUGCGUGGAUUUUAGUAUUUGCUACUGAGAGAAGAAGCGAUAAUGGAGACAGCGAAGAGGGCACGACCGAGAUACGACUACGACGGAAGACGACCACCGCAGGAAUUGCCCUCUCUUCCUCCAGAUAUUGUCAGGAACAUUCUCCUUCGGUUACCCGCGAAAGCGAUCGGCCGAUUCAGGUGCGUCUCUAAGCUCUUUCGCUCUCUCUCCUCGGAUCCUGUUUUUGCGAAGACCCACCUCGAUCUUUCCCUUCGAAACGACGCCUUCCGAACGCGUCGGCGAAGGCUCGUCGUGUCUUUCCGCCGCGAUCUCUACACGGUAGAUUUCGAUUCCAUCGUUGAUGCGUGCGACGGGAUUAGGGAUUUGGGUGCUGUUGAGAUCCCUCAGCCUCCUGUCAUGUCUAAUCUCGUCUCAUCGUGUCAUCGGGAAGACCUCUGCAUUGAAAUGGUCGAGUCUUGCAAUGGGUUGCUGUGUACCACUAAUGGAGCACUCAACGUGUGCUUGUUCAAUCUGACCACUGGAGAAUCAAAGAGAAUUCCGGGUGUGCUCGAAUUGCUGAAUUCGGGAUCCAAACGGGAGGAAAUCAAUGGGUUUGGGUUCGGGUUCGACGCCAUAAACGAUGAUUAUAAGUUGGUGGCGCUUGUCUCGGGCGAUGUUCUGAAUGCUGGUGUCUAUUCUCUCAAGACAGAUUCUUGGAAAUGGGUCGGAGAUUCGCGUUAUGGAUAUGAUGAUGAUGAUAUGAUCGACGAUGGUCUUCUUGUAAACGGUGCAAUCCACUGGGUUGCAAGGCAUCGAGAGGAUGGUCGGAGAGUUGUAGUGGCAUUCGAUCUAACGACUGAGCAGUUCAAAGACAUGGCUUUACCUGAUGAAGCCAAGGAUUGCCCACACGAGCUUGGGAGAUUUGAGCUCCAGAAACUGAAUGGCAGACUCUGCAUGGUUUACAGUUGCUGCGAGGAGCACGAUGAUUUCUGGGUGAUGAAUGAGCAUGGGGUGGCUAGCUCUUGGGUCAGAGUUCGGAUUAGCGUGUCGUACGAUUUCAUGAAGCCGCUGUGUUCGGUUAGGAACGAGGAGGAAACUCUUAUGCAAGUAAAUGGGAAGUUGGUGCUGUACAAUUUCCAGAAUGACACCUCUACAUCAUUGGUCCUUAAAGAUGCUAAGCAGCGCAGAAUAAUGAUGGCCGAUACAUUCAUAGAAAGCCUCGUAUCACCGAACUCAUAUGGUAGGGCUUAGCACAUGUAGGAGAACGAGUUCCACAGAAUAAAAAUCUGUGUUUAGACACCUUAUGAUGAUGAUGGUGGUGAGGCGAGGCUCGGCUCGGCUCGGCUCCACCGGAA